AUGUUCUCCACUCGCCGUACCCUUGCCAUCCUGCUCAUCCUCGCUUUCGGGCUUGUCGCCGUCCAGGCUUCCCCAAGCGGCACGUUCUCCUCCAACGCGGACCGGCUCAAGCGCGGUCUCCCGCCCGCCAAACCCGCACGUCUGUUCGGCUCGCGCACCGACAGCGAACGGCGCUCCAUCCCUUCGACCACGCCUGGCUACACUUACACGAGCCCCAUCGCCAUCUGGCCGUCGGGUUCCUUACCCUCGCGCAAGCGCGACGGCGUGCCCCUUGGCUACCUCGGGGCCUACGGCGUCACUAACCUCGCGAGCGCGUGGACGUUCACGUAUACCGAGCCUGAAAUCGCCACGAACGUCGUGCAGUUGCCGCAUCCGGGGACCCCCUACAGAUUAUCCGGAGUUGCCAUCCGCUCGGGCUCGCAGGUGACGCUCGGCCCCGGGAAUACCAUCUAUCUUGAGCUGCAGAAUACUCGGGCUUCCACGCCCGCUGGAUCUACCACGCCCACCUACGUGUAUGACACUUACGCUAUUGGCUACGCCCAGACGACAAUAUUUAGCGUGGACCCAGCCACCGGUAAGGUCACGGUGAAGUGGGUAAACCCGGAUGGCAGCACGCCGACGACGUACCUUGCCGUCUCAGGGACUGGCAUUUACGUCACCGGCGACGUUUCGGCUUUGCAGUCUCAGCUCGGAUCUUCUGCGACGCUGACUCUCGUCGACAUCUACCUAUCGGCCUAA